AUGGCAUCACCGCAGGAGGAAUUGCGAUUCAACACGAUAGAAGAGUCGAUAGAGGCAUUCAGGAACGGAGAAUUCAUCAUCGUCCUUGACUCGGAAGACAGAGAGAAUGAAGGUGACUUGAUCAUUGCUGCAGAGUCCAUAACCACACGCAAGAUGGCCUUUAUGAUCAGACACUCAAGUGGCUACAUAUGCGCUCCAAUACUGCCCAACUUAGCCACCCGCCUCGAACUCCCUCAGAUGGUAGCCCAAAGCACCGAUCCCCACCGCACCGCAUACACAAUCUCAAUCGACUCAAACGACCCUUUAGUGACUACUGGAAUCUCUGCGCACGAUAGAGCGCUUACCUGCCGCACCCUUGCCUCUCCUGACGUCAAGCCAUCUAGCUUCCGACGGCCAGGUCAUAUUCUGCCUCUCCAAGCGAAGGUUGGAGGAGUCCGUGAGCGAAGAGGCCAUACCGAGGCUACCGUCGACUUCUGCAGACUGGCAGGGAGAUUCCCUGCUGGUGUCAUCUGUGAACUGGUCGAAGACGGCGAGUCUCCGGUAGGUGUGGCGGAACAGUCCGGAGGUGGGAUGCUACGGCGAGAUGGGUGCUUGAAGUUUGGAAAGGAAUGGGGCAUAAAGGUCUGUACAAUUGAGGCGUUGGUUGAAUACUUGGAAAGAACGGAAGGACCUCUCCCGGUCGUUAAUGGGAAGCAUUGA